AUGGCCCCCGGACCAGAAACGAAGAAUAAGAUCUUGCGCGUUGGACUUGUUGGGACGGGGAGCGUUGCGCAGGUUAUCCACCUGCCUGUGCUAGCGCUCAUGUCGCACCUGUUUAAAGUGACAGCACUUUGCGAUAUCUCUGCUCAAUCGAGGGCACACAGUGCUCAGAAAUGGGGGAUCACCAAGACGUACGAAUCUAGCAAGGACCUGUGUGCCGACCGGAAACUCCUAAUCUUUCGACAGGCCCCAGUCGCGCGGGAAGCGAUCGCACAAGGCAAACAUGUUUUCAUCGAGAAGCCCAUGUGUCUCACGCUGGAGGACGCGGACACCAUUUCGGCCGCAGCGAACAAAGCGGGCGUCGUCGCGUUUGUAGGCUAUAUGCGGCGGUACGCGCCUGCGUUACAGCAGGCAAUCGACCUUGUGGGCGGGCUUGAGAAGAACGCGUUCUUCAUUCCCCAAUCCGGCACAUUUCCAUUAGCGUUCACCGACUUCCCUCCUAACGCGCUCACGGCCCGUCAAUCGCUUGAAGAGUCUAUCUAUGCCCGCGCCCUCGGUCCUCGCGCGCAAGACGCGCAGCUCCGUGCCCUCUUGCGAUUCCUGGGCGGUCUAGGCGCACACGACCUGAGCGUGAUGCGCCAAGUGCUCGGGAUGCCUGUCAGCAGGUUUGUGAGCGCGAUGUUUGAUUAUGGGAGUUUUGUUUGCACGUAUGAGACUGGUGUGGACCAGGUGGGGAGAUUCGACGCGUGCGUCGAGGUGUUUGGGGGGGAUAAGAGGGUUAAGCUGGAUUAUGAUACGCCGUUCAUCAAAGGUCUCCCUAUCCACAUUAUCAAGAUCAUACCCACGUUUGAAGAUCCGUACACGCUCGAGAUGAAGGAACUGUGGGAUGCGAUCGUGGAGGGGAAGGAGUUUAAGAGCACGGUAGAGGACGCGAGGAAGGAAGUGGAGAUUUGGGCGAUGAUCGUGGAUGCGUUGCCUAAGCAGCAGUGA